AUGAAUCUACUCAAAAAGGCAACGACUGUUGUUUGUUCUGUUCAAGAACACUAAGAAGUUGAUUAAAAGAUUAUCCAUCUGUGUCUUGAUUCGAAGUGUUAGAUUUCCAAAAAGGCAUUGUGUGGUCUAUGUCUUGGAGAAGAGCAUUAUGGCCAUAAAUCGAUCAAUCUCUCUACAUUGGACUCUCUCAUUAAGAAUGAAUGGACUCGUGAGAUUAAGCAAUACAAUUAGAAGAAUAAAGAUUUAACAGAUUCUAUUCAGAUGAGCAUAAAUGCGAUUCUGAAUAAGGCUAGACUACUUUAAGACCAGAUAGCAUAGUUUGUUAAUCAGGACAUGUAGGAGAGUAAAGUAGGCAUUUUAAAGCGUAAGUACAUUGAUUAGCCAAAUCUAACUGAAAAAGAUUAUGAAUAAUUAGCCAAAGAUGUUUGUGAUAUUAUCCAUUACAAUAAUGGAGUUCCUGAUUUUAAGCCAAUCGAUUAUGAACCUAAUGACAAAUUCUAGAGUCUUGCACAACGGUUGAUUUUUGAUGCAACACUAUUUUGCAAAGAUAUUUCACUUAUUACCAAAUCUAACAUUGUUCACCAAAGUUUUGCAGAGCAAAUACAAGAUCUGCUAUUUUAGAUUAAUAGUAUAACUAAUCUUAUUGAGAAACCAUUGAGUUAUUUGAUGCAAAGUCGUCGACUCUUUCCAAAUGACAAAAGCGAAACUUAAUCGAUGCAAAGAAUCGAUUUUGAUUAGUAGAGUGUAUUUGGAACCAUAACUCAAUCACCCUUUUGCAUUUAGAAGUAAGUUAAGUUCAAGACUUUAGAAAUGAAAGGGUUCACUAAAAUUUACGAAGAGUUAUUCAACAAACCAUUUACCUAAACUCACAUUGAAUUGAUAAAGCAAAGAUGCACUCCUUAAUCUUAAAUAUGCAUAGGUGGAGUCAGUGUAAAUGAUCCAGAUUCCUUUAUUUUAUGUGCCACUGAUUAUGCCUCAGAGUUUUACACGGAAACACAGGACUUAAAAUUGGCAAGGAAGAGUCGAAAUGGAGAGAUAUUUUGGUAUUAUGUUAGGAAUCGUUGCAUUGGAUUUAGUCCUAUGAGUAAAGUGGAUUUAAAGUAUCCUGAUGUAGAUAAUGAAGAAGGAGAUUUACGGUUUUCUUUGUGGCUCUUUCAUGGACAGGGUGGGUAUAGAAUUGGAAGAAUAGAAAGUCUAGAGUAAAGUGUUGAAUAUAAAUGUGUGAUUUAUUUAAAGAAAUGA